GAUCGACCGCUUUCUGGCAGAAUUGCUACGAGGGGCGGAGGGGCGUGCUGUCAAAUCGAAUUAUGUCCCGCAGUUACGAUUCGCAUUAAUUUCGGUGAAAAAGCUUUUUCCUGAAUUAAUUUAGUCGCUAUAACGAUUUGAUGUCGAUCGAACGACGCCGAAACACGAAGAUACUCCGUGCACUUCGCGAACGCGUCGCUGCGUGUGUCCUUAGGGCCAGCUAUUUUUGUUUGUAGCCCAGUUUCACAGUAAAUAUUGUUUUUAAUGUCGAAAUGUGUUGAUGCAGUGAGUUUUUUUUAACUUCUUCCUCCGUUGCAGUGUCGUACUGAAGCGUGAAGUUGCAAAAAUCUUAUGAAAUCCGAUUCCGGUGUCAGAAUAAAGUGAUGUUUAGUUAAGUGCCAAAAGUAACUUAAUAUAAGCAAUCGAUACCAUUUUUGAACCCUAAAAAUGUUUAUAUUUAAUGUGUUCAGCGAGUGCAUCGAGCGCUACGACCACAUAUCUCUGACUCGCAUUGUUCAGUCUUUGAAAGCAUAACUAGAUUUGAAAGUGUAGUAUAGUUCUCUCUCAAAUGGCGGUAGGCUCGAUAUUAUUAUGUAUGACUGCUGUUCGAUCAUGAGAAGAGUGUUCGGUGCCUGCUCCGACGGCUGGCUGCUCUGCGGACAGAAUGUGAGCGGCCAGUAGCUGCCUGACUAUAUGUUGUCUGGCUCCCCCCACGGCUCCCCCCACGGCUCGGUGAUGUCGUGCCAGUCGCUGGCGGCGCGCGCGUUUGCCGAGCCAGACAAGGAUCCGCACUGCGCCUCGCGCGCCACCUUCCACAGAACGGUGCGCUUCAGUCCAGAUUCUAGAAGUCAGUCUAGAACUCCCAAUGACACUGAAUGCAAGCGAGAAACGUCAGGCUCGCUGUCGCUGAGCGCGCUGGCGGGCGCCAUGAGCCAGUCGGCGCCCGGCGCCGCGCAGGCCUUCGCGCUGCGGGACGCGUCGCCGCCCCCCUCGUGCCGCUUCCCCAAGCUGGAGGAGUGCGCGCACUUCCACUACGAGCGCGUGCGGCUGGGCGGCCUGCGCGUGUCGCUGGUGCCGUGCGACUCGCCCGCCGACUCGCCGAGUGAAGGCUGGGUGUGCCUGCGGGUGCGCUCGCACGUCAACGAGUCGCCGACGGCGUCGCGCGCGCUGUCGGCGAGCUGGACGGAGGCGAGCGACGUGCGCGAGUGGACGCUCACCCGCAACAAGGACAACUUCCUGCAGCUCGACGACAUACUGCACCGAUGUAUAUACGACCGUAAAGUGUCCGGGCUCCCGAACCUGAAGGACGCCAUGACGCCGGAGCUGCUGCAGGACGAGGACGAGUACAAGCAGCUCAUCUCGGACUACGUGCACCACCUGUCCAUCAUCGCGGACGACUCCAUCAACUGCGGGCCCGCCCUCAACUGGUUACAAAUGGACAAUAAGGGUCACAAGCUGCUCGUGUCGAACGAAGACUCGAGCUCCAUAAACACGCCGGCCGUGGCCGCCGCCUACUCCGUCCGGAAAUACGUGUCGCAGGCGCGGGACGAGAUCAGCUUCGAGGUCGGCGAUAUGAUAUCUAUAAUCGACAUGCCAGGCCCGCAGGAGUCCACGUGGUGGCGCGGCAAGCGCGGCUUCCGGGUGGGCUUCUUCCCCCACCACUGCGUCGCCGUCAUCGGGGACAAGGUGCCGCGACACAUGACGCAGCCGCCCCCCAUCGUCGGGUCAGUUGCAGUCGCUCCGAUCAAGCCUGUCCUCAGGAAGCACGGCAAGCUGAUCUCGCUGUUCCGAAGCUUCAUCCUGUCCAGGCCGUCGAGGCGGAGUCUGAAGCAGCAAGGAAUCCUGCGGGAGAGGGUGUUCGGCUGCGACCUGGGCGAGCACCUGCUGAACUGCGGACGCGAUGUGCCGCAGGUGCUGGCCGAGUGCGCCAGCGGCAUCGAGCGGCGCGGCGCCGUGGACGGCGUGUACCGGCUGUCGGGCGGCGCCGCGCUGACGCAGCGCCUGCGCGCCGCCUUCGACGCGGGCGCGCGCGUGGACCUCGCGCCGCCGCUGCAGCGCGACCCGCACGCGCUGGCCUCGCUGCUCAAGAUGUACUUCCGCGAGCUGCCCAACCCGCUGUGCACGUACCAGCUGUACGACGGCUUCGUGCGCGCCGUGCAGGCGCCCGACGAGCUGCGCCUGCGCGCCAUGCGCGACGUCGUCGUCAAGCUGCCGCCGCCGCACUACCGCACGCUGGCCUACCUGGCGCGCCACCUGCGCCGCGUGUCGCUGCUGAGCGCCUCCACCGGCAUGACGGCGCGCAACAUGGCCAUCGUGUGGGCCCCCAACCUGCUGCGCUCGCCCGAGCCGCAGCACGCGCUGCAGGGCGUGGCCGUGCAGGCCGUGGUCACCGAGUUCCUCAUCUGCUACGCAGAGGAGCUGUUCGCGCAGGAGCAGGGCGCCGACUCGGGGCCUAGCUCGCUCGAGCAGGACUGUUACGACUCUCAUGUGGAGCUGAGGUGUCUCAACGAAAUAAGCCGGCGGCCGAAGAGCCUGCCUCUCAACCCUCCCACCAAGCUGCUGAGCCUGGAGGAGGCCCGUCGCCGCGGUCGGGAGAUAAUCCCCCCCACUCUGCGACCCGCCGGACACGUGCCGCCCAAGUAUAUUGAGGUGGGGUCGGGUCCGAACAACCUACCGCAGUACCACACGAUACUGGAUCUCCCCGUGCCAGGCUCCAAGCGCGCCCUGAAGCGCUCCCCGUCCGGCUGGCGCGGCCUCUUCAGCCGCAGCAAGCGGCCGCCCAGCGCGCCGCCCGCGCCGCCCGCGCCGGUGAGUCGCACACACACACGCGCGCGCCCGCGCACACACGGCACACGAGCCCAGCGCACUGACGGCCGCUGCCCGCAGGCGCCGGGCCCGGCGGCGCUCCGGCCCGCCAAGUCGUGCGAGUCGCUGACGUCGGAGUCGGACGCGCUGCCGCCGCUGGCCGCCGCCGCCGCGCCGCUCAAGCAGCACACGCGCUCCGCCUCGUGCGACUCGUACUUCGAGCCGUGGCAGGCCGAGCUGGCCGGCAUGCGCCUGCGCCUGUCGCCGCAGGAGCGCGACCGCAACAUGUUCAGCGAGGAGGACGACGCCGCCGCGCUGGCGCCCAGCCCGCCCGACUCCGCGCCCGCCAGCGCCGCCGCUUCGCCGCGCCGCCCCGACGCCGACCCCGCCGAGAGGAAGCGAGCCGCGCUGGCGAGGCUGGAGGCGCAGGUGGCGCAGCUCGGGUACAUCGACGGCGACGCCGACGCCGCCGCCGACGGCCAGCCCGCCAAGAGAAUAUGCAAAGAUCGCGACAGUCCGCUGUCGUCGACCUCCGACUUCCAAACCUCCCUGACGAACGUGAAGCUCAGAGAUCGAAACUCGCCGAGGAAACAAAAAAACACAUCACGGUACAGCGGCUUACACAAUCCGGUUCUGACCGAUCCGGACAAGCCUCUAUCGCGACUGACGUGGCACGGGAAGGACGGGCAUUCCACUCUGAUCAAGAUCGACUGGCCGGCCGAGAACUCGUCCGUCAGCAACUUGACGACCAGCACCGUCAACUCGACGCCGGUGACGCCGGUCACUCCGGUCACUCCGGUCACUCCGGUCUACGACCCGCUCGAGAGCGACUCGGAGGUCAGCGACAACAAACACACGAUCACGAUCAAGAGCAGCGAUUGUAACAACUGCGAUGAGGAGAAGUGCCUCAAGUGCGAACUGAAAGCCACGGACUACGAGAACUUGAAGGAAAUGGCGCGCGACUACUCCGAGCACAACCUGCACGACAGUCUCGAGCCGAGCCCGCUGCACUCGACCGACAUCAGCUACCAGAAUCUCAACAGGCUGUCGGCUGUGUCGACGUCGUCCAACUCGGAGCAGCACUCCCACAAGAAAGAGUGUGACGUCAUGAAAGUGAUGACGUCCUCGCACGAGAGCUCGUCGAGCUACUCCAACCUUAGCUACAAACAAGAUGAGUUGUACGAGUGCUACAACUUCACGAGACCCAAUUACAUCAAUCUCUCGUCGAGUACGUCCAAGAGCUCGCCCGGGAGCCCUUUGAAGAGUCCGAUAAAAUCUACGAUCAGUAUAACGUUCAGAUCUCCCGUCAAGACUAAAACUCCCGACUACGAACCGAUAGGAAAUAGCGAGACUCCGACCAACGAGAGGGAUUCGGUGUACGAAGAUAUAGAUUUGGAGAAAAAUCUAUCCAUAGUCGAGGAUGCCAGUGUCCCGCAGACGGACGCAAGUCUGCCGACGCAACAGGCGUGCCAGCCGGAAGACUUCGACCACGAUCUCAUCAUACUCGAAACUCCGACUGAAUCCAAUGUGGACAACGGCGUAGAUGUGUACAGUCAGGUUAAAUUCUUCAAGAAAAGUAUAGAGGAAGUUAACGCUAUGAUACUUGAAACGCCCGAGAAAGAGACGGAAUAUGAAAAUGUAGCGUUUGCGGAAACGAGACAACGCGAAUACGAAAAUAUAAAUGUUGAUACUCUUAAAAUCUGUGAUAAAGUAGAAAUAAGUAGUGUAGAUACAGGGGAAAAGGAAUCUUUGGAGAGAGAAAACGGUAACGUCAUAAAGCCGAGAAUCGCGACAAAGAACUUAAACGUCAGAGAGUUGGCGAUACGGUUUGAAAGCCCAACGGAGCAAAAGGGACCGUUCACGUUCGAUAAAUUUAAGACCGACGUGAAGUACCCCACGUUAGAGCGAAAGGACGACAAACGAGAGGCGAGGAAGAAAGAGACGAAAAAUCCUCCGCCCAUUUCACCAAAAACUUACAAAUUAACGAAAAAUUCGAAUGCUAGAUCGCUGGACGAAAACGCAUUUAUUAAAGAAUUCGGUAACGAUAAGGACAGGCGAAGGAGCAUGGAGGUGAAAGACGUCAAGCGACAAUCGAAGUACUUCCCAGACCUGAAUUUGAACAUGGAGGAAUCGGAGACGAAACUGGAAAGCAUUACACCCACUACGGAAAACAAAUUAUCUCUGAUACAGAGAUUUGACGUCAAAAAGCCAACCGAUUUGAAAAAUAUAAUAGGCUUUGACACGGAGAAGAAGUUGAGUCGGGAAAGAAUCGAGAAAUAUAAGGAGGAGAGGAGGAAUUUCCUCAGGGAAAAGUACAGCUCGCAAUCGUUCAGAAGUAACCCCGAGCAGUUGACUCGCAUCAAACUAAAAAAAGACGAUAAGAAUGACUGUGAGAGGUUAAAAGAAGACCUGCCUAAGUUCGAACGGAGGAACACCGUCGACCUCGGGCAGAGGAUGCGCUUUUCCCUGGCCAGGAGUGCGAACAACCUGGACACCAUACCGUCCCCCGUGAGCCCUAGUGACGAGCUGCCUCGGAAUGGCGAGGCGAGUGAACGGGGCCGAGACGAGAGGAGAGACAAAAUAUCACCUUCAUACAACAUUCGCGACAUGGCCGCCAUUUUCGAGCAGAAAUCACAAAGCAACGGUUGACGCUCGCACCGUUAUAACGUGUAACGUCAAACGUUAUAACGUUAUGAAAAUAACAAUAAUCCCGUUGCGAGUGAAACCGUUAUUACUUAAGUUAUUUGAAAUCGUUUUUAUUGGAAGGCUUUUUGAAAAUGUAAUGUGUUUAAUGUUGGAUAAGAUUAAUUAUUUACUUAUAAUUGAAUUAGCUGAAUUUGUCAACGAAUUGUCGUCAGUGCACCGCACGUAGUAAAAUAAAUUCGAUCGUUACAAGGUUUGGCGUUAUUGUGCCGAUAAUGUAUUAAGUCUCAGGUCCGUUUGUUAAUUACGAGUUCGUUUGUAAACGCUGAUUGCAUUGUUACUUUUGGCUAAGUUUUAUUAAUUAAUUCUAAAAUAAAAAUAAAAAACUACAAGAGAAUGACACGACUAGCUCGAACGCCACCAUUCCGUGUCAACAAAGUUGUACUUUUCGUACAUAAAAACUAUUUACAUUCUAAACUUAAUGAAUAUAAACACAGAUGAAAUGUUAAAACUGUUGUAACUGUACGAAUGAUGACCGCGCUGAAUGGUGGCAGAGCGAUGGUGGCGCCGGCAACGUUACGUCAUUUUGAGAUCGCAGAUCUGAAUGUAUAACACUAAACUAGCAGAUAACGUUGUACGCAGUAACGUACAAGUUCGGAUGAUUCUUGUUAACUGUGAAUGGCCAUACUGAAUAUAAUUAUGUUUCUCGUGUAAUGAACUUGGAAGCGUAGGGAUCGUUGUUUGUUAUUAUUAUUUAUUUUUUAAACUGUAGUUUUAAUAUUUGACUCGAGAAAAUACUGCAUUGUUUGGUUUGGUGUCGCCAACUCUUGUAUCAUCUGUGUCUAAUAAUAAUCAAUGAAAAGAAACGAGAGUACUGUAAUUAUUAAUUUAUUUUGUCGUUGGAAGAUAUUGAAUCGGUAACGGGUUGUAUAAACAUUAUAACACAAUGGCCGAUACAACGAACAGCAACAAUAUUGAGCGUAAGCGAAUUUUGAUCGCCCUCGAGACAAGAUUCAUUAAAAUAUAAACCUCACUAUAGUUGACUUUUGAUUUCGUUUGAUUACUAAACUAAAGUUAAAUUAAUUU